UUGACUGAGUGUCCUUGUCAGGUCAAAAGCAAUCCGAUCCAGAGGGAGAGGAAGGAGAGAACUGAAACACAGCCGGCAGUUCCUCCCAGACCCACUGAAGAGGAGCUGAAGGAUACAGCCUUACAUGACAGACUGAAGAAGAAGGAGACGAACGACAAUCAGGCUAACCGUAAUAUGAUGCCGAGUGAGAGGAAAGGGAAAACUGCUGAAACUCCAGUGGUUCCUCCUAGACCCACAGAAGAGGAGAUAAACAGACCAGCCAGACGUGGUCAGCAAAAUACAAAAAAAGACAAUCUGGACCAAUGUGAUGAUGAAUGCCUUAAAGAGGGUGAAUCUCUCUUCCCGGUGGUAAAAGAGGAGGGAGAGGACAAGGAUGAAGAAGAGGCCGUGGUUAAACUUACAGAUAGCACAUCAGCCAAGAUGCGAGAACCCACGAGACACAAUCCUUUCAUGCCACGCGGUGCUGGAGGCAAGGGUAAAACCAAGAAGCGUGAACCCCAGCAGGGAGUUUCAGUCAGUGACUCAACAGAGAACAAAGGUGGAAAUAAAUCAUUAUUCGACCAAUUGGAGGUAUUCCGUAUUAAUCCAGCGGAGCCAGAACAGCAGAAUAUGGAUGGCCUGAUGGAGUGGUGGAGCACAGUGGAGCAGUGGGAAGACAUGCCUCAAGAGCAUGACAUGACUGAGAAAGAGGAGGCCAAGGUGUUUGCAGUGACAGCUGAGAAGGUGCAGAAAGGUAUCCGUGUGUUCAACAAGCUGUUCUCAGAGCGUGCAGAGAGCCUGUGGCAGCACGUCAUUGACCUUAACAGCAUUGCAGACGCCCUCGACUGUUUCAACAAGAAGACUAAGAUCGCCCAAAUCACUGGUGGUUCCACCAGCGCGGUAGGAGGCGUAUGUACCAUUGUAGGCCUCGCCCUGGCCCCCGUCACCUUCGGAACCUCUCUGAUUGUCACGGCGGUGGGGCUGGGCGUGGCCACGGCGGGCGGCCUCACCACGGCUGGAGCCGGAAUCUCCAACACGGUCAACAACUCCAUGGACCGCAAGAAGGUGGAGGCCAUCGUGACGGACUACCAGGAGAAGAUAACCGACAUCAACAAGUGCAUGCUGUUCAUCAAGCAGGGGAUUGAGAGUCUGCGCAGGUUCGACCUGCUGAAGAUGAAGAAGCAUGCGUACAACCGCGACUUCCCGGGCCUCAACAACCUCUACGAGGAUGGUGCCAUGGCCGGGAAGGCCAUCCUCAUUAAUGCCAAUGAGAUGAUGCGUGUGGUGCAGAUAGCCAACGUGGCGGGCAGCACCGCUGCCAGAGCUGUCCAGAUUGCCAGCAUGGCCACCGGAGUGCUCACCGGCCUCUUUGUGGGCAUGGACAUCUACUUUGUGGCUAAGGACUCCAAGGAGCUGAAGAAGGGAGCCAAGUCAGAGUUUGCAGCCAAGAUCAGGGAGGUGGCGACCCAGCUGCAUGAUGGACUGGUGGAGCUCAAUGGCAUACGGGUUGAGCUGCAGUCCUCAGAUCCAGGCAACACCAAUGAGACCAACACCCAAAACGCAGAUAAUACCAAUUACAGCAAAAAAACAGAAAUCUCUGAUGACGAUAUUAACAACUAUUAAACCUCUAUCAACAAAAGCAAUGUUGAUAACAGCAACACUUCAGAUAACAGCCAUAAGACCAGAAAAAUCCUAAACUGUAUUUCCAACCCAUCUCUACAACGACACAUCCUGUCAGCAUUAACACUACUAGUAGCAACGUUGAGGCUCUGAUUCCCCAGUCUCUCUUUCAUAGCACAAGCACCCAUGCCUGAAACAUUUUUUUUAGACUGCAAAAAUAGAACCAGAUGAUAUCUCCAGUAAUCACUGGCUUGGGUUAAGAACUGUUAUUAAAACUUACCUCUGUAAAAUCUAGAAAAAUAGUAUAUUGUAUGACGAGCUCAUGUCCACAUUUUCCCUUGUCUUGCCCCAAAGAGUUGUAUUGUAGUUGUGCGCAUUGUGCCUGUCUCGACAAUAUUAUCUACAGGACUUUAUGAAAAGUAAGGGUUGAAAGUUAAAUCAGUUUGUUCAUGGGGGCAGGAAACAGUUCACAGAUGAAAAUUAUGGAAAUAUGUUUUUUAUUUUUUAUAUUACAAAUACAUUCUCAUACACAUUAUGGAAGGGAUCGUUGUGUCUAUAUUUUCUAAUACAGACUAAUGUAAAAAGCUAAAUGUAAUAUUUUAAAGUUCAGGCAAAUAUUUUGAUGGUUUCGAUUUUUGAUAGAUACACACACACACAAUCUUUGUACAUACCUAUGGUACUUAUACAUACAGUACCAGUCAAAGGUUUGGACACACCUACUCAUUCAAGGGUUUUUCUUUAUUUUUACUGAAUUCUAUUAUUGUAGAAUAAUAGUGAAUACAUCAAAACUAUGAAAUAACACAUAUGGAAUCAUGUAGUAACCAAAAAAGUGUUUAAAUAUAUUUUGAUUUGUUUAAGCAUACAGUGCCUUCGGAAAGUAUUCAGACCACCACUUUACUUUUUCCACAUUUUGAUACAUUAUAGCCUUAUUCUAAAAUUGAUUUGUUUUUCCCCUUAAUCUACACACAAUACCCCAUAAUGACAAAGCAAAAAAAGGUUUUUAGAACAUUUAGCUAAUUUAUUAAAAAUAUAAAACAUUGCAAGUAUUCAGACCCUUUACUCAGUACUUUGUUGAAGCACCUUCAGCAGCAAUUACAGCCUUGAGCCUUCUUGGGUGUAACGCUACAAGCUUGGCACACCUGUAUUUGGGGAGUUGCAGAUCCUUUCAAGCUCUGUCAGGUUGGAUGGGGAGCAUGGCUGCACAGCUAUUUUAGGUCUCUCCAGAGACGUUCGAUCGAGUUCAAGUCCGAGCUCUGGCGGGGCCACUCAAGGACAUUCAGAGACUUGUCCCGAAGCCAAUCCUGCGUUGUCUUGGCUGUGUGCUUAGGUUCAUUGUCCUGUUGGAAGGUGAACCUUUGCCCCAGUCUGAGGUCCUGAGUGUUCUGGAACAGUGUUUCAUUAAGGAUCUCUCUGUACUUUGUGCCGUACAUCUUUGCCUUGAUCCUGACUAGUCUCCCAGUCCCUGCUGCUGAAAAACAUUCCCACAGCAUGAUGCCACCACCAUGCUUCACCGUAGGUAUGGUGCCAGGUGUCUUCCAGAUGUGAUGCUUGGCAUUCAGGCCAAAGAGUUCAAUCUUGGUUUCAUCAGACCAGAGAAUCUUGUUUCUCAUAGUCUGAGAGUCUUUAGGUGCCUUUAGGCAAACUACAAGUGGGCUGUCAUGUGCCUUUUACUGAGUGGUGGCUUCCAUCUGGCCACUCUUUCAUAAAAGCCUGAUUUGGUGGAGUGCUGCAGAGAUGGUUGUCCUUCUGGAAGGUUCUCCUAUCUCCACAGAGGAACUCCAGAGCACUGUCGGAGUGACCAUCGGGUUCUUGGUCACCUCCCUGACCAAGGUCCUUCUCCCCCGAUUGCUCCGUUUGGCAGGGCAGCCAGCUGUAGGAAGAGUCUUGGUUCCAUUUAAGAAAGAUGGAGGCAACUGUUUAGAAAGCACUUUCGCUACACCUGCCAUAACAUCUGCUAAAUAUGUGAAUGUGAACAAUACAAUUUGAUUUCUUGGGGACCUUCAAUGCUGCAGAAUAUUUUUGGUAUCCUUCACCAGAUCUGUGCCUCAACACAAUCCUGUCUCGGAGCUCUACGGACAAUUCCUUCGACCUUGUGGCUUGGUUUUUGCUCUGACAUGCACCGUCUAUGGUGGGACCUUAUAUAGGCAGGUGUGUGCCUUUCCAAAUGAUAUCAAAUCAAUUGAAUUUAACACAGGUGUACUCCAAGUUGUAGAAACAUGUCAAGUAUGAUCAAUGGAAACACCAUUCACCUGAGCUUAAUUUUGAUUCUCAUAGCAAAGGGUCUGAAUACUUAUAUAAACAAGGUAUUUGAUUUUUGUUUUUAAUAAAUUAGCAAAAAUGUAUAAACCUGUUUUCACUUUGUCAUUAUGGGGUAUUCUGUGUAGAUUUCUGAGGAAUUUGUUUUAUUGAAUCAAUUUUAGAAUAAGGCUGUAACGUAACAAAAUUUGGAAAAAGUCAAGGGGUCUGAAUACUUUCCGAAGCCACUGUGGGGUAGGGGUUUUGUCACGAUUUUAUUCCAAAGAAAACAUUGCUUAUUGCAUUGCUUCAUUUUUAGGUCUGUUCGGGGGAAUAUUAAUUUAUAUUGAAACAUUCAGGUUUUUAAUUAAGUCUAACUUUUAUUUAAUUAAGUCUAACUUUUAUUUUAGGAAUGUUCUAUUACUGAGUAGUGCCUUACUCAUUUAUAUUAAGUCGUAUAUAAAUGAGGUCUCACUAUGAUUAUUCUAUUUUCCUGUCUUAGACUGGAAAGGUCUCAGCUGCUAUGCAAUUCAGUCCCUGUGUCUCCCCUGUCUCCUUCACUUGUGUGUGGUACUGAUGCUGGAUAAGUGAUCUCGCCCUCUUUCUCUUUUACUCACUGACAAACUGGAGAUGCCUCUUACAAAGGGCAGGGUCAGAUAUGAUUUUUCAUUGGUCAAUUUUAGUAACAAUUUUUGUUUUGCAAUGUAGUAUUUAUCUAAAGAGUAUAUAUGAAAUGUAAUAAGUUGCUAAUAAACUUACGUAUUAUACA